CAGUUCCAUCACUAAUCACAACACACGACUACACAAGUUUACACAGAUCUAGAGAUCUAUAAAGAAGUCAAAUCUUGCUGGCUUAAUAAACAUACUUCGAUUGGAGCAUUGAAUCAUUCAGAAGCGUUCUUACCUGCGACUGAUGGUGUUUGCAGUGGCUUUCAGACUGGACCUGCAACAGAAUGGAAAAACAAAAUGAUGCUGAUUUUGAAUCCUCAGAACUGGGAACAAAGCAAUACUGGGAUGACACGUACGCCCGAGAACUUGAAGCCUUUGGUGAUGUUGGAGAUGUUGGUGAGAUAUGGUUUGGGGAGGAGGUACAGGACAGAAUGGUGAGAUGGUUGACGAAACAGGAAGAGGUUCUCGUCUCGUCUCGGAUUCUUGACUUGGGCUGCGGCAACGGCAUGCUCCUUCUGGCUUUGAGAGAAGAGGGAUAUGAAAACCUUGUUGGAGUGGACUACAGCGAGGGGGCGAUACAGCUGGCGAAGCAAGUAGCAGAGAAAGAAGAGCUGCAGGGUGUGGAGUUUCAGGUGUGUGAUAUCCUAGCAUCUACGGCAGUGGAGGGUUUGUGCGCCGGUGGCAAGUUUGACGUGUGUCUUGACAAAGGCACGUACGACGCCAUCUGCCUCCUGCGCCCCGAGGUGACCACAGACAGAGAUAUGUAUCGGCAACAUGUGCACGCCGCCCUGCGGCCCGGCGGGCUUCUCCUGCUCACCAGCUGCAACUGGACCAAGGAACAGCUGACGCAGCAUUUUGAGGCUGAUUUUGAUUUGAUGGAUGAACUUCCUGCUCCCAAAUUCACUUUUGGAGGUCAAACUGGACAGACGGUGACCAGUCUAGCUUUCAGGAAGAGAUGACCAAAGCUGUGAAAUUCACUUUUUGUUGUUGUUUUUUUUGUGUGUAAUAAAGUUGAUCUUACCUGAGCUCUGUGCACAA